CAAAAAUUCGCAAUUCCAGGAAGAUUACUGUCAUGUCAAGUUUUGUGCAUGGGCUAGGGGUUGGUAAUGGCGAGCAACCCCUGUGGGAGCUGGCAGCUGCAACCACCAAUACACCAGUCACGCCCUUAGGAACAACAGAUAUUGGAGUGCCUGGUUAUGGGGACUUAACCCCUUACUCCUCUCUGUGGGAUCAACAUCACGGGCCCGGAACAGCCCUGAGUUAUCACGGAUCACAUCCCGAACUGCUUGGUUUCGCUAGCGAGCUGUGGUCUGCAGCUCCUCAUAACAACAACAGUCACACCAGAGCACAGUGUAUGAUACAACAAAGGUUUGGUCCAAGAACAGGAGGGACGGCGCAGAAUGGAAGCUGUAGCCAUAAGAAACCAAGACGCCGUGUUGCAACAAUGGCCCAGCGCAGGGCAGCCAAUAUUCGGGAACGUCGCCGUAUGUUCAAUCUCAACGAAGCGUUUGAUAAAUUACGUCGCAAAGUUCCGACUUUCGCCUAUGAGAAACGUUUAUCUCGUAUUGAGACUUUGAGACUGGCCAUUACAUAUAUAUCCUUUAUGAGCGAAUUACUGACAGGGGGUGGGAAAACAGGAGUUGUAGAUGGAGUGCGUGGACCAUCUCCUCUUUUUCCCAUCGCAGCCCAGAGAGAUUACAUCCCUUAUUCAUUAGUACAAAAUUAA